GGUUGCUCCAGUCGUGAAGAAGCGCGCGGAGGAGUGCAUCGCUUCAGUUGUUCGUUCGCUCGAUCUGUUGCCGUAGUUGGCUACCGAGUUUGCUGAUCUUUGUGACUUUUUGAUCGAGUUCGAGCUGAGAGCUUUCGGCUCUUCUCCUUUAUCCUUGAUCGAAGACUUUUUCAUUUUUAUUCGGGGUGUAACGAGUUUCGGUUCGCGAUUUCUCAGGAAGACACGCCAAGAGGACAACAUGAGGAAUCUACUGUGUUUCGCUGGAUUCACCAAACGGCCCCGUAACAAGGUCGAGCCGACUAAGGAUGUUCCGAAGAAGCUGCUGAAGGAUCCGCUUCAGGAUGUGCCUCGUCGACCGCUUGGACUGACCGAGGUUCUCAUCCUGGACACGCCGAGGGUCCCGUUGCAGCCUACUUCAAAAAGCUGUUCUGACCUCGUAAAAAGUGGUUUACAUCAAAUGGAAUUGGAGACGCCCCCAAGCUCAAAAAGGGACUAGCCACCCCCUCGUGGAGAGAGGGACCAGACAGGUCAGGUUUAAGAAGACUGGUGGAACGAAGACGCCUCACUUUGCGGACGAUGCUCGUCGUGAGUGGUUCUCCAGCGGAAAAAGUUAUCGUCGUGACUUCGCUUCUUUUUUGGACAGUGUACAAUAGCUCGUAAUGAAUAAUCAGUGCGUUUAUUAUAUUCGGGCUUGAAGGUGAAAAUAAAUCGAACUUGAAUAAUGAAUGAAAAUUUUGCAUAAAAAAGUUUAUAGAAGUAAUUUUUUUUGACGUCGCUAUCCCAUAGCACACAAGGUUCUACAGAACCCCAUAAGGAGGCGCUUUGUCAAAUCGGUAUGGCUAAAAAUCAACCGCCGUGUCACCGACCCCCGAAAAGGGGGAUCUCAAAGCUCUAAUUUAACGUCGGAUUUUUCGGAGUCUUUGUGUUACGGAAAAUAAAAAAAUUCAACGAAUAGACAAUGUAUCGUCAAUUUUUGAUCCCCGCCUGUGCGCCAAUUGGAAAACACCGUCUACUAUCAGAAGAAGAUCUCAGCCACCCGUACACUCCUCUCGGACAAGGCAUCUUCGUGCUGAUGACGAUUGGCUUGUUGGGUCUGGUAACCGGUUGCGUCGUUCUGGUGCUGCAGCCCUACGAGUUCAUUUUUAAGUGGAAGGCGACCUUCGGCGAGGGCGGCGAGAUCUACGAGAUCUGGCGAGCUCCGCCCGUUGAUCUCUACCUCAAGGUCUACCUCUUCAACAUCACCAACCACGAGGCUUACAUGAACCGCGAGGAGACCAAGCUCAAGUUCGAGCAAAUUGGCCCCUACGUCUACAAAGAAUAUCUGGAGCACGGAAACGUGACGUUCAACGAUAACGGAACGGUGACAGCUGUGCCUCUUCAUCCUCUGAAGUUCAUGCCGGAGCUGAGCAAUGGAACCGAGGAGGACAUCGUCGUGAUGCCGAACAUCGCUCUACUGAGCAUCGCCAACGUGAUGAAGGACGCCUCGUACAUAACGCGCUGGGGUUUGAACCUGUUGAUCCGUCAGACGGACUCGAAACCCCUGGUGCACAUGACGGCCAAGGAGUUCAUGUUCGGUUACGAAUCGACCCUCGUCACGCUCGGCAACAACGUCAUGCCCGCUUGGAUCAAGUUCGAUCGGUUGGGACUCAUAGAUAGGAUGUACGACUUCGAGGGAGACUACGAGACCGUCUACACCGGAGAAACCGAUCCGCGUCUGACCGGUCUGAUCGAGAAGUACAACGGCAACGAGAAUCUACCUCAGUGGAGCGGAAAAUGCGCGAACGUCAAGGGCUCGAGCGACGGCGCCAAAUUCCAAAGCUACAUCGAGCCCAACGACACUCUCAGGUUCUUCAGGAAGAGUCUCUGCCGUAGCGAGGCUAUGAUCCGCACCGGGGAAAAGUACGUGAAGGGCUUGUACUCGUACAAGUACAAGUUCAUGGACCACGAGCUCGACAACGGCCACUUCAAUCCGGAAAACAAGUGUUUCUGCAGACAGGGCAUGUGCCUGCCUUACGGACUCAUCGACGUCACCGACUGUUAUUACGGCUUCCCGAUCGCUCUCUCCUACCCUCACUUCUACGACUCGGACCCGUCUCUCCUCGAGGCCGUCGAGGGCCUGUCACCGGUCCAAGAACUGCACGAGUCCUACUUCUACAUCCAGCCGAAAUCCGGCCUCCCGGUCGACCUCGCCUUCCGCUUCCAGAUAAACAUGGCCCUCCAGGACAUCAGCGCCAUCGAGCACGUUGAUGGAUUCUCGGACCUCGUCCUGCCCCUGCUCUGGUUCGAAAUCGGCAUGCACGAGCUGCCGAACAACCUGAACAACAAGUUCUUCCUCUACCUGAACGUACUGCCGGCGAUGCAGGAGGUCGCGAUCUACGGCCUCUUCCUGGCUGGGGCGAUCAGCCUGGUCUGGAGCGUCGUCAAGAUCCUCACUUACAAGCCGAAGAGCUCGGGAAUCACGAGCCAGUGGCUCGACGCCGACAUGCAGCGCAAACGACUCAACUACCUCAACGAGAGGCGACCUUCUCUCAAGGCCAAGGAGAUGGACGUCUACUUCAACGCGCUGCUCACGACCAAAGAGGAGGAGAUCGAGCCGAUCGAGCCAUCGGCGCUCGAGGAGUUGCCCAACCUCAAGGAGGACAUCGUCUGAGGAGUCACACAGCUCUCGCCGACUCUUCGAUAUGACAGGGUCGGCCGACGAGGAUCUUUCUUUCCGCGCGCGCCCUGAGCCUCUUCUUUUUCGCCGAGAGAAAGAGAGAGAGAGAGAGAAAGAGAGAGAGAGAGAGAGAGAGAGAGAGAGAGAGAGAGAGAGAAAUAAGUCACUUCUGUGUCGCAUUCGUGCCUAAAAAGGAAACAGGAAUAAGUACACUUAAUAGCUUUCCAAAGAGAACUCGCGAGCCCUCUCACGUGUGGAUUUUAAUUUCGUUGUUUUUUCCUCAAUUUUCCAAUCUAAUUGCGGAUCCGGUGAUAUGCACACGCGUGCCGUGCAAGCCUUUUGGUACGGCAGUAGAGGUGAGAAAAAAAGAGAAUGGCGUACCUUGUGAAUUUUAUCGCGCGAUACAAUCGAUACAUCCGUCCAAUACUGUGCGCGCGUCUAUGUGACUGCGUAGGAUAAUGUCCUUACUCCGCGUAAAUUGCCAACUAGUCGAAAAAUUGCGAGACUCUUUGUCGAGCAUUUAUUGCUCGAUUGCAGAGUGUAAUACUUAUUAUACGCUUUGUUGGGCAUUAAUUGUCGCGGAAAGUCUCCUAGUUUUUCUGCGAUGUUGAUGAUUCGAGUAUUUUACGUUAAAUUAGCUCUAGCUUUUAUUACCACUGUAAGAAUUCAAUGUUCCGAUGGACAAUAAGUACUUACUUUUUGAAUUUUCAUCUGCAUGGAUUAUUUAUACACUAUUAUUCUUUAAAGUAGUUCGUGGAGAGCAUCGAGCUGUAUAGAUUGUAGAAGGGCUUUGAUAUUGGAUUGCAAUUUUCUUUAUUCCGUUAAAAACGUUGAUCAAACAUGAGGAAUAUGUCUUACAAUGGUAUUGAAAAACUUUGAAAGUUUAAUUUAAUGUAAAGUAUAAUUGGUUUGGGCGAAAAGAUUCCUUGCGUAUACACACAACGUUCGAUCUAUCGUUAAGAUUCGGAUAUCCAAUCGAAUUUUUCAGUUAUCCAUUUCAGCCUCCAUUAUACACUCAGAAUUGUGCACAACGCACUUCAAUUUUUUAAAACGACAUAUCUAUACGACAAUUCGAUGCAAAGACUGAACGAACUAAUUUUUUUAAACGUGCUUGCUUUCGUGAACGUAAAUAAUUUGCCUAUACACGAGAAAAGGAAAUUUUGUUUAGUACACCAAGUUCAUCGAGAACCGAAGGCAAUUUAGAAAAUUUUCACAGUCGAGUUUUUGCAAUUUCCUAUAAAUUUGAGAAAACGACAUAGUGUAUCAUUCUCAUAGUUUAAGUAAAAAAAAUGUCGCACUUGGACAGAGGGCGCAUAUGGUUGUAAAUAUGUAAAUAGUAUUGAUUUUAUUCUAUAUAAUAUAAUCUUAAUGGCGCCUUUUCUUAUAUUUGUAUAAAUUAUGGAAAUUAUUGUGGGUCACUGUAGCAAAAUUUUGCUUUCUGCGCAUGAUAUGAUAUAAGAAGUAGGCAGUUACUUUUAGAGACAUCUAAGUUAUUCCGUUAGAUUAGAAAUUAUACUUGAGAAUUAAUUAAGUGACAGCCAAUAAUUUUGCAUUAUUUUGUGAAGGGUAACGAGAUAAAACAACGAUAUUUUGCGUUGAUGUUUAAUAUUUUCCUAAAUGUUUUUUGAGUUUACAAACGAAUUUCUCAGUUAUACCUCUCGGUCAAAGAACAUGAUAUGUAACCUAAAUUUUCUUGUAUACGUUUGGCCUGUGAUUGUAUUGUUAUAAUUAUUAAUUUAAAACCAAUUAUACUUUUUUGUAUUUAACUUUCUCUUUUCCUCGAUAGAGAUUAAAAUGCACUAACCGCGAUUUGUAUAUGCUUUACUUGAUGAGUUCAUCAAAGAAUCAAGUAUUGUAUACAAAGAUGCAAUUAUAGAGCGGCUGGAGUGUUUUACAUGACUUGUAACGGUGCUUUUACACUUUUUUUUGUUAAUCGAAUUCGAUUAACGUUAGUUAUAGUAAUGUCUAUUAAUAGUAAGCGCGUAAUUUAAUGUAUACAAGAAAAUAAAUCGACGAUUUCGUUUGAAAUUUUGAACCUCAAAGUUAAAAUUAAACGAAGAUAUAAGGGAAAAUGCACACCAAGUUUAUAUUAUACGGAUCGACAGGUUUUAGAUGUUCCGAGAAUUUGUCAGCGUGCAUACUCGGCACGUCGUGUGAUGUUCUUGCCUUAUUUAUAGACAAUAAUAAGAGUAUUUUUUUAUCUCAUGCGUAUACAAGCAAUAAAUAUGCGUACGAAUUUUAAAUAUAGAACUUUACUGAGGAUAACAAUAGUUAUUUUCAUGUGUACGCGCAUAUGCACUGUUAUUGCGAUAUUAUACUUGCACUCCAUCGGUAAUGAAACUACAGUUUAUUUUACGAAAUCUUCCUACAUGACACCAUGACAUCAUUUUUUAAGAAAAAUGACAUUUUUUUUAUUUUGUAUUUCUAUGACAAUAAUUUGUAAGAAAUGGAGUGUAAUCAAUUGUUAUACUGUAUCUUUUUUAUAAAAAUUUCUUGCCAGUAAGAAUGGCCUUUUCUUGGCCAGAAAUCUGAUGUUGCUCAAUAAAGUAACCUUUUCAUAAAGAA